UGCUCAGUUAGUUGUUUUUGAUUUGUAAUUUCAUUCACGGACUUUUUCAAUUUUAUAAAAACGGUGAAUUUUAAAAUUGUUAAUAUAUCUUUUUUAUCGAGUUUCAAUUAAAAAUGUUAAAAAACAUGCAAUGCUUAAGAACGCGAGCUUUAAAUGUUCUGCGUAGCGCUGUGAGUACAGCAACUAAAGGAAAUCUGGAAAACAUAGACGAAACUAAAUUAACUCCUAACGGUGCAAGUAAAGCCAAUCAGAAUGUAAAAUAUACGGACGAGGAAAAGGAGAAAAUAUUAAAAAUUAUAAAUAAUGGUAAUAUAGAUGAUUUGUUAAGUUACGACAUUUCUAAAGUUCGAGCUAACAAAUUGAUUUCUUGGCUGAAGCAAAAUGGCGCAUUAAAAGAUUUAAAUGAUAUCUUAAAUAUAGAGGGCUUUGGUGCAAAAAGUGUUAUUAAAUUUUAUCAAAGUCUUCUAAAUGAAAAAGACGCUGAGAUGCGUAAGUCUAAGUACUCUUUAAAACUUUCGAAAUCUUUUAUAACACCGAAAAUGGAUAUUAUACAACGAUUAAAUAUCAAAUCCUGCGUCGCGGUAAGAAUUGGUAUUAAUCACUUAGCAUGGGCCCGCCUAGAAUUGCCACCGGUCCGUACAGAAACACCCACCGUAUUAACACAUUGGCAACAACAUGAUGUCGUUGAAAAGAAAUUACAUUUAAGUGAAUUGGUGCAAAGAUGUUUGUACGCUAAUCACUUGAUACCGACAGGUGAUUGUUAUAUUCUUGAAAAUCCUCCAAGUGUCCAAGCUAGCAAUAAACCUAGCAAUGUUGAGCAAAAAAAUGUUAACAUACAAAAGGCUCAAAUAAUAGCAAUGAUGGGCUUAGCUUUAGCGUUACGAAAUCAAUUAAACUGGGGCGAUGUUCGCAGCGAUGACAGCAAAAAUCCUUUAACUUUAACAAAUGUUUUUUAUAUGCGUAGGUUUUUAUCAGCUCGUCUCUUUAAUUACCUAGUAGGCACGGAGAGAGUAUCCUCAGAGAAAACUGUAAUUAAUAUGAUGCGUACUUAUUACAAUGUAGACGAACUUCACAGAGAUAGCAAAGAUUUUUUAACAAUACGUAAUAACGUGCAGUUUCCAGCAGAUCUAAGAGAAAUGUUUUCUUCAGCAUCGCCCAGUAACCGUGACCUUCUAAGUCAAGCAUUGCUUCUAAAUUUGACUUUCGUCCGCUUGAUUUUAUUCGAAGAUAAGGAAAGUAUAGCUACAGUAACUGGGCUGAAUAGAAAAGUUAGUUAAAAGUUUUCACAACCACCAUAUAACCAUAUGUAUCAAAAUUGCAAAUAUUUAAACUAUGCACGCGUUUAUUGUGGAUAUUAUUUCUGAUUUACCUUUUUCGAUUGUCAUUACUAUUUUUGAUUACCUCGCACUGAUGAUCUCUUCUAUAUUGUGCGGCGUUUGUUGAUUUUAGUCAAUCAAUUAUAAAUUUCGAUAUUUGUUUGCUCUAGCUGUAAAUUUCUAGUUAUUCUUCGCUUCAAAUUCAAUCCAAUUUUCAAUCUUGGGUUAGCCAUUAAUCAAGCCAGCUACAUUUAUGUCACUUUGAGUAUUUCGAAGACAAAAAAUCGAAAUGCCAUUUACGAAUGAAUUAGCUUAUAGCUUUUGUCGAUCGCGUAAUGCAUAAGCACCUUUUAUGGGGUCGUCUUACGCGUCUGCAGGGACUCCAUGUUGCGAUAUUUCGCGUUCUUGAACACAAUGAACGGCACAUUUUUCCCACCAAUUCAGUUCCAAUUGAACUCGCUUAAAACCCUUUAUUUUUCGGAUUUCCAUAAUAUUUUAUUAAUAUCAACUAUAUUAACACUGUAUAUUUUUAUUGAUCAUUUGUGAGAAUUUUAUACGUUCGCUUAUGC